UCUCGCGAUCUCGCGGGAGGUGCCUGGAGGGGCGGCCGUCGGUGCGUCUGCCCUCGCGUUCCCCGCCCUCGCCCCCGCCUCCGCCGCGGCUCCCGCCUCCGCUCCCGUCUUCGGCGCCUCGCCGCCCCCCGCCACCCCGGCUCGGCCCGGCCCCCCGAGCGGCCGCGGAGACCGCGCAGCGCGGGAGGCGGGAUCCGCGCGGGCAGAGCGCGCCGGGCGAGGGCUCCGACGGGCCGGGCUGGCCGCGCGCUGGAACGCCGGUCCUGCCGCCAAACGCCGCGCCGGCGCGCCCGGGGAGAGAACGGCGUCGGGGACACGCGCGGCGGAGCGCUCGCCGGCCGGUGUGGGUGUUCAGACCUGUCCCCAAAGAAGUAGUACUUAGCGUGGGGUGCCGCCCCAGACUGCAGUGCGAGUGUCCUGUGACGUAGAAACACGUCGGCAUGAGUUACGCAGAGAAGCCUGACGAAAUCUCAAAAGACGAGUGGCUGGAGAAACUCAAUAACUUGCACGUGCAGCGCGCGGACAUGAACCGUCUCAUCAUGAACUACCUGGUGACAGAGGGCUUUAAGGAAGCAGCAGAGAAGUUUCGGAUGGAAUCCGGGAUCGAACCUAGUGUGGACUUAGAAACACUUGACGAGCGGAUCAAGAUCCGUGAGAUGAUCCUGAAAGGCCAGAUCCAGGAGGCCAUCGCGCUGAUCAACAGCCUCCACCCCGAGCUGCUCGACACGAACCGGUACCUCUACUUCCACCUGCAGCAACAGCACCUCAUAGAGCUGAUCCGCCAGCGGGAGACCGAGGCGGCGCUGGAGUUCGCGCAGACGCAGCUGGCGGAGCAGGGCGAGGAGAGCAGGGAGUGCUUGACGGAGAUGGAGCGCACGCUGGCCCUGCUGGCCUUCGAUAACCCCGAGGAGUCGCCGUUUGGAGACCUGCUUCAUAUGAUGCAGAGGCAGAAGGUGUGGAGUGAGGCUAACCAGGCCGUCCUAGAUUAUGAGAAUCGGGAGUCAACGCCCAAGCUGGCCAAAUUACUGAAACUCCUCCUUUGGGCUCAGAAUGAGCUGGACCAGAAGAAAGUCAAAUACCCCAAAAUGACAGACCUCAGCAAAGGCGUGAUCGAGGAGCCCAAGUAGAGUGCGCCGGCGGCCGCGCGCUCCCCCGGCCCGGACUCCCCGGGGCGGCCGUCUGUGACCGAGACGUUUUUACUGCAGUAGCGAACUCUUCCCUUCCCUCCCUUUCGUUCGUUCUUUUUUUUUUUGACCUGGCAUCUUUUUUAAAGGGAAAAGUGGCCCUUUUAAGCGCUGGAAAACUCGCCGUGAAUGGCACUGUCUCUUUGGAAGUGUGAUGCAGACUCUGCUGGCAGGGCGUGUGCGGACGGCGCGGACGGGCGGCGGGGCGCUCCUGCCUCCGGCUCGCGGGGGACCGCACCGGCCGGGUGCUCGGUCAGGAGGGAAUAUUGUGAAGCCGAGGCCUCCCGCUCAAAUCUGCGAAAAGCACUGAUUGUUAUUUUGCUUUCUGUUAGCUUGUAGGCAGAGCGUACGUUUUCUCAGAUCUCCUAAGACUCUCCAGGCCUCGGUGCAGAAGUUGUUUCUUACCCCUUGGUUUUUCGUUUUUGUGUUUCAUAGGAAAGACUAUAUAAAUUUGUAAAUCCUAAUUCACAGACUUUUUUCUUGUGUGAGGGCAUUGAGUUUGAUUUGUUUUCCCUUUCGGUCUGGGUUGUGUGGCUUUUGGGGAGAUGUGUGCCUGAGGGGUGGGGCUGUGUGUUUUUUAAUUUUUUAAAUAUAUAUUUUGGUGCUGGUUGUGGUGAGAGAUUCUUUCCUGGUGGAUCAAUGAACCUUCUCUUCUAGGCAGUUUUGUUGAAAAUAAAGGUUUCUCUUUGAUCUCAAGAAUGACCAAACGGCCUCUAAAAAGUUUUAAUCAUCUCAAACCUUUUGCUUUCGGGGCUUAUGUCCCGGUGGUGAUGGCAGUGGCAUCAGCUCGUCCCUGUGGCUGGAGGGCCCCUCUGCCCGGUGUGGUCCGUGUGCUUGGGAGGGAGCACCCGCGCUGACGGCUGAGCCUCGGCCGCAGACGUCCCUGGCGGGAGCGCGUGCUCACCUCAGGAGGCUGGCACCACAGCAGCUCGGUGUGCGCUUGCGGUCUCGCGGUGUUUGUGAGUUCCCAGGUGUCCUGAUUCUGCGCUCUCCCCGGUCCCACCUCUGGGGCAGGUGCUGGGGCCCUUGUGACUUGGAUGCGAACAUGUGUGUGGCCUCACUGCAGGUGUCACUGGCCACGGGUUCUGUGGGGCGAUCGUUACAGAGCUGUGUCUCGUGGAGGUGGUGGUGACGGUGCCCAGGAGUGCACGUCCCCUGGUGGGGGCUCCCAGCUGCCGUGGCGGCUGGGACCCUGUCCUCACUGGGUGGAUCCUUGUGCUGGGAUGGGGUCCGGCACCUGUGGCUUCAUGGAGGGAGAUGCCCAUGGCAGCUGAAUUGCCGGGCACAUGUUCUUGUGUCUGGCGAGGUUGGGCAGGCUUGUGGGUGCUCCUAUAGGUCAGGUGGUGGCUGGGCCCUGUCCCCCGCGUGCCUGCAACCCUGGGUGGUGGCAUGAAGUGGUGUCUGUCGGCUCCUCUCCUGCCGGCUCAGGGAGCAGUGGUUUCCUCCAGUGGGCAGGAGCCUGGGGCAGGGUCGGCUGCCCUGGGGGGUCAGUGACGCAGAGGCAAGAUGGUGCGGGCUCAGGGGGCUGUCCUGGCCUCUGACUGCCCUUCUGCCCUUGUGGUUUUGUGAGGCUGGAGGGCGGUCUUCUCGACGCCAGGGAGCAGACGUGCUUCUGCUCAGACCGCCUCAGCAGUCCUCUCCAAAUGGGACCUUUCUUGGGGCCCGUUUCCUCUGAGGCUUGAGCAUGGAAGUUAGAGCUGAGGUUUGGAUCUUCGGGCGACAAAUCAUCACGUAGAGCAGAAGCUGGAAGACACAGCAGCAGAGAGGUGUGCGUGAGCCCGCGUUCGAAAAGCACCGGAGAACCCCGCGUGUUUCUAGUCGUGUAUGUGAGGUCAUUUACGAGCUUGGUUUCCAUGUGAUCACCCUGACCCGUUCUUCAUCAGAGGGUGUGAGGUGCGUGGUGACCGGAUGUCCUGUAUGCGGGAGCCACCCAGGAGCCAGCAGGGCCCGGGCGGGCUUUGUCACGUGCAGGAAGCGCGAGUGAGCGGCGUGGGACAGUGUGCUGGCGCGCGGUCACCUGUCGGGGCCGUGUGUGGCGUCGCGAGCAGGCACUGCCGCCAGUGCGGUCCGGGUGUGGUGCGGCCGGGAGCCCUGGCUGUGCCCCUGCGGGCCUGCGCUUCCUGCCUCCUGUGCCGUCCCUGGCUGGGAACCCGCUUUGGCGGGAGCGGCUUUGCGGGCUUUUCCUGUUGGCCGCCGUUUGCGGUCUGUCUUCAGGCAGACGACGUUAAGCCAUUUUGAGAUAAUGAUCUUUAAGUGUAAUUUAAUUUUUCUUUAUCUCCUUUGGAUCUUGCUAUUGUGUUUAUUAAAAUGUGAUGUUUUACAUAGUUUAUUCUUUUUACAUUUUCUUGUGGAAAGUGCCUUGAAAUAAAUAAAAUUGGAGAAUACCCUGGUACUCUGCGUUCCCGACAUCGUGAAGUUGCGUGAGGAACCGGCCCCCUUUUGGAGUCUUUACGAGGCGUUGGGAUUAUUGCAAACCCAGUGAGAGCUAAUGUACUUGGACGUUUGGAUUAAGGUUUCCAGGUUCUAGAAAAGGCAAAUGUGUCUCGGGACUGGUCUUCAGGAUUGACUGAAGACGCUGUGUGUGCAGCGUCGGGAGCAAGGAGACGGCUCUUCCUGCAGCAGGGCGCUUCCUGGGCACAGUCGUCGCCAGGCGGCGUGAGGUCUGUGUCCUGGGACAGCGUCGGUUUGGGACAGGCGGAGCCGGGGGCUCAGAAAGAACUGUGCACGUUUUACGUUCAAGUCAGUGGUGUCUUUGGGGGAGCGGGGCAGGACCCGCUUCUGGGAGUUACUGUGCCGUCCCAGCAUGAGCGGGAGGCCAGACCGGGACCGCCCGGCCGGCGUGCCUGCCCCCCGAGAUGCGAGCACAGUGGGUCGUCGGGGGCCAGGCUGUCUGGCCUCAGAAGCCCCGUGGUGUGGCAUUUUGAUGUGUUAUUUGGAAACCACGCACUUCGUUUCUAUAGCGGGUAUGUUUCUGUUUCAGAAAUGUGUUGCUUUUUCGGAUUUAAGAGUAUAUUGUCUGCAUCAGUCUUGUGACUUUGGUGUCCCUCCACGGCCAGCCGCAAGCCUCCGUGCGCCCCCGGUUCCGAGUCCGCAUUGCCCCUGAGGGCACGUGUGCCCGUCACAGCGUCUUCUGGGAAACGCAGAGUAGGUUGCUUUUGGUGCCUCUUAAAUUCGUGGUCAACUGCUUAUGUUUUGCUCAGAGUGGUUGCCUGGAAGGUCUUUUGGGGUUUUCCGGGUUUUGGGGAUA